GAGCAGAAGGAGCAGCAGGAGAGGCUGCGGGAGGCCGCGGCCUUGGGGGACAUUCGGGAGGUGCAGAAACUGGUGGAGAGCGGGGUGGAUGUGAACUCCCAAAAUGAGGUCAACGGCUGGACCUGUUUACACUGGGCAUGUAAACGCAAUCAUGGUCAGGUGGUCACUUACUUGUUAAAAUCAGGAGCUGACAAAGAGAUUCUUACCUCAAAGGGAGAAAUGCCAGUCCAGUUAACAUCAAGGAGAGAAAUCAGGAGGAUUAUGGGAGUGGAAGAUGAUGAUGAUGACGGCAACCUCCCCCAGCUCAAGGAGUCAGAACCACCCUUUGUUCCCAACUAUCUGGCCAACCCAGCUUUCCCUUUUAUCUACACCUCUGUGGCAGAGGAUUCAGCCCCGCUGCAGAAUGGGGGCCCCUCCACACCUCCUGCAUCACCCCCUGCAGAUGGCGAGCCUCCAUUGCUGCCCUCUGGGGCCUUUCCACGGGACCACACCUCUUUGGCACUGGUUCAGAACGGGGAUGUGUCUGCCCCCGCUGCUAUACUCAGAACACCAGAAAGCACAAAACCGGGUCCUGUUUGUCAGCCACCAGUGAGUCAGAGUCGCUCACUCUUCUCUUCUGUCUCAUCCAAGCCACCAGUGUCUCUGGAGCCUCAAAAUGGGACGCACACAGGACCAACGCCAGCAUUCCAGCCAUUUUUCUUCACUGGAGCAUUUCCAUUUAAUAUGCAAGAGCUGGUACUCAAGGUGAGGAUUCAGAACCCAUCUCUUCGAGAAAAUGAUUUCAUUGAAAUUGAACUGGACCGACAGGAACUCACCUACCAAGAAUUGCUCAGAGUGAGUUGCUGUGAGCUGGGUGUUAAUCCAGAUCAAGUGGAGAAGAUCAGAAAGUUACCCAAUACUUUGGAUAAAGAUGUUGCUCGACUCCAAGAUUUCCAAGAGCUGGAACUGGUUCUAAUGAUAAGUGAAAAUAAUUUUCUAUUCAGAAAUGCUGCAUCCACACUGACUGAAAGGCCUUGCUACAACAGGAGAGCUUCAAAACUGACUUACUAAUGCAGCAGGGACUUUUAUCACUGAGUAUUGUGACAGUGUGCGUUGCCUCUGGGCCAAGGACAAACCAUUGAUCUGAAUGCCUUGGAUGCCCAGGAGGGGCCCUAGUGCCACUGAGUAGUAUACACUAACAUCUUUCUGCCAAGGUAGGAAGCCCCUGACCCCCAAGCAGCGGUGCCACUAUUCCAAGCCUCUUGGUGCACAAUAAACCUAUUGCUCAAAGCCGUGAACAGCUGAGAAGUGGUCUGGAGAGGCAGAAGCCGACGGUUCUCUAUCCAGUGUGUUUUAUGUGCAGCAUGUAAGAGAAUUGUCUAAGCAGAAGCUGAGAGAGAGCAGAGCCUAUUUCUAGCCACUCCUGUUGACAGUGCACCUGAAGAGCCAGGAUGCGCUUUUCUUGGUGUUGCAUGCUCACAACUCUCCUAAAACAUGAAGUGACUAGAGAGGAAAACUAGUGAAAGCACAGGUACUGAACAAAUGGGUUUAAGGUGACUUAUGGCUGUGAGGUUUCAUAUAACCUAUUUAUAAGUGUUACUCAGGUUCAAAGUAUUUAAGAAUACAGUUACCUAAUUGUAAAUAUGCUGUUAACCAAAAGAGCUUCCCCUCCCCCAUUUUUUCCUUUGUAAACACUCAUGACUGCUUCUCUGUCUCCAGUGGGCUGUUGCCUAGACAGUCAUCUCUGCAUUAACUCCCCUCCAUCACUAGAGGGCUCUCCGAUGCUUUCCAAGAGAGCAAGUGCUUUUUUUUUUAUAACUGAAGCAAUUUCUAUCAUCUCUGUGUUUAAUUGCACCAUGAGAGAAGAGCACAAACAUUGCCUGUCCAAUGUUCUCCACUUUCAUUUUUCCACUAGAAAUGAAAAACAAUUUUUGAGACUGAAUCUGUUGCUAUUUUAAAGGUUAUUGUGGGAAACUGAGCUAAAGGAGUUAGCAUCUUUAUUUUUGUAUCAAAGAUAAAGGUUAUUUUGAAAUUAUUAGGAUUUUUACACAACUCUGAAAUCUGUUGCUUUUGUAAACAAAUUGUUUGAUCGUAGGGAUCCCCCACUACUCGCACUAAUCCACUUAACGAAGUCCAUUGUGAGUCUACCAGGCUUUGUUCUGUAAAAAAGAAACACACCUGAUUAAACUCUUGAGCAUGGCAAAGAAUUUUUUUAAAAGAAUGCAUUCAAGGAUUCUUUUCCUUUCCUCAGUGUCAUUAUCAUUAAUGUUAAAAGAAAAGCCACUGUCUUGUUGAAACAAACAGCUUAACUCUAGAAAUAAGAACGAGCACACUUAGAAGAGCAGGGGUUUGAAGCCAGCUGUUGAAGAGCAUCCCUGUUGUCUUAAGAAGCUUUUUCCCCAUAGUGCCUAGUUUCCAAAGAAACUUAACUUCCUAACUGUGUUAAUUUUAUUGGAACACGACUGAGAGAGCACGUGCAGAAGAUGCCAGUGGAAGAGAAUGUGGUGCUAAGAUGACAGCCUCCUGCUGCUGCCCAAAUGCUGAGUUGAGCUGGAGGUGUUCUCACGGCCAGCUUCAUGGAGUCACUGUUCAGUGGUUUACCCAUAUUCCAAUUACUGAUGGUGACUACUUACCCUUGUACAGUGUUUGCAUAGCAGGGUAAAGGUUACUUAUUAUUCCCUUUCUCUAAAGUACUUUAAAGAAACCUCCCCUGUGUUUCACUGAACCAGAAGCUAGUUUCUCUAAACGUAGUAACCAUUUUUUCCCUUUAAAAAAAGUUACAUUUAACUGAUAAAGUGGAUGCUAGUUCUAUCCUGGAGGAAAUAAAUUCAAUAUUAAUUCAUGCCUAAAUUACUAAGGUUAAAACUCUUCCAGCCAUCAGAUCAAUUAGAGACCCUCGAGCAGUAGAGGCCCUUGACUGGGAGGUGGCCUACAGAGCAGCAGCUCCAGGGCAAAAGAAACAGGGAGCCAGAGGUUUGGUGUCCCAGGUUAGAGAUGGGCCCUACAUGGUUCUCUCUCCUGCUUUAUAAAGUCCUCUGUGGUCAAGUAACUACUAUGUGUGGCAGGCAGUAGGAUAAGACUACACAGUUGCUGGUAGGUGAGUUUAAAGUCUUAAUCUAUGCAUUCAGAGAAAUAUUUUUAUAUGCUUUGUGUAAUUUAUAACAAAGAUUUUUUUUAAGCUGUUAACUGUGAAUUCACCCCUCCUCCUCCACUGCGUAUCUAAAGCAUGUGUUCACACCGUGCGUAAAUAUUCACGGAAGAUUUUUUCUUUGUGCAUUGCUGACUGUUCAAAUAUAACAAGUAUUAUUAAAAUUAAAUAUUAACUGA